CUCAAAAUCUCGAUUAUUUUAAGCCGCAAAAAACAAAGAUUUAAACAACCUCGAUCAAAAAACAAAACACCGAGUGACUAAAAACCCACCUAAAACAACAAUUGACGCGUUUCCGUUCGUCGUACGCGGUCCAAACAAUCGAAACAAGAAAAAAAGGCUAAAUCGAUGCAAAAGUUUGCCAACAUGUCACACGAUUGUUUAUAAAAAUCGCUUGUUGCGUGUUGUGUUGACCAGUUCAAAUGUUGCAGCCGUGACGCGAACAUGUUGUUGAGAUGCGGCCGCCUCAAACGUAUCCACAUCCGACUGUUGAUCUUGGUCGCGAUUGUCGCGACCGUUCUCUUUCUGUACCUCAGACUGUUGACCGUCGAGGGUGGUUACGAGGUGGGCAACGUGUACGAGGUGAAGUUGCGUGAGUACGAGGCGAAAAUCGUGGUCGGCCUGGGGGACAACGGCGAGCCGGCUUUUCUUGAGGGCAAAGAUGCCAUCGACGGGGACGAGGCGCUCAAAACGUUCGCACUCAACACGGUGCUCAGCGAUCGGAUGCCGCUCAAUAGGAAGCUCAGGGAUCCGAGGAACCGCAAAUGCAGAGAGUUCAAGUACGAUCCGAAAUUGAACGCGUCGGUUAUUAUAAUUUUUUACAACGAGUUGCUGAGCGUGAUUUUGCGCACGGUGUGGAGCGUCAUCCUGCAGACUCCGGAUCAUUUGCUCAAAGAAAUAAUACUGGUCGACGAUUCGAGCACCGACGAAAGUUUAAAGGGGUUACUGGACCAUUAUUUGACGACAAGACUGAACAACUACAGGGUCAAGCUGAUACGUUUAAAAACCCGCAUGGGUUUAAUAAGGGCCAGAUUACAGGGUGCCAGAGUCGCAACGGGGGACGUGAUGAUAUUUCUGGACGCCCACUGCGAGGCCACCAAAGACUGGAUACAGCCGCUGUUGAGUCGCAUAGAGGAUGACAAAACCGCCGUUCUGGUCCCCAUAAUUGAUGUCCUGGAGGCCAAAACUUUAGCCUAUUCCACUAACGGUGAUACAAGCUAUCAGGUGGGCGGAUUUUCAUGGUCUGGUCAUUUCACGUGGAUCGACGUGCAAAACGCCGAGGAUCGUAAGAAACUGACGCCAGUCAAGUCGCCAACGAUGGCCGGUGGCUUGUUCGCCAUCGACAGGAAGUUCUUCUGGGACAUUGGCAGCUAUGAUGAACAAAUGGACGGUUGGGGUGGCGAGAAUUUGGAGAUGUCCUUCCGCAUAUGGCAGUGCGGAGGAAGACUGGAAACUGUACCUUGUUCGAGAGUUGGACAUAUUUUCCGUGACUUCCACCCGUAUUCCUUCCCCAACAACAAAGAUACGCACGGCAUAAACACCGCACGUUUGGCUCACGUGUGGAUGGACGACUAUAAAAGGUUCUUUUUCAUGCACCAACCUGCUCUGGAAAACAAUCCAAUAGUAGGCGAUUUGACGCACAGAAAACAGCUUAGAAGGAAACUGAGGUGCAAGAGCUUCAAGUGGUAUUUAGAGAAUGUCUAUCCGGAGAAAUUUGUGCCAGACGAAAAUGUCUUCGCUUAUGGACAGGUUCAGACGCCGUUCGAGAUGUGCCUGGACGACCUACAACUGGCGGAAGACCAUGUGGGACCGUUGGGUUUGUACACGUGCCACCCGUACGUCGCCAUGUCCCAGUACUUCUCGCUGAGCGCCAAGGGCGAGCUGCGCAAGGAGAACUUCUGCGCCGAGGUGUUCGGUGAACGAGGCGUCCAACUGACCGAGUGCCACGGCCACAAACGUGACCAGUACUGGCAGUUGUUCAAGAACGGUACAAUCUUCCAUCCGACGUCCGGUAAGUGUUUGAGCAGCGAGGGCGUCGACAACGGACAGGGGUUGGUGGUGCAGAAGUGCAAGGAUGUGGUGUACCAGAAGUGGAAGUUCACGCACCUGAACGAGACCGCGUUUUUGGGUUGAGGGGUUUGACACAAGAGGCUUCCAAUUGUUUUUAUGUUUUCUCUUUUGGUUUUCGUUUUAAUUGACUUGUGUUUUGGAUUUUACUGGUUUUAUGGUUGCUCAUUUUAAAUGUGAUGUUACUGUUGUAUUUAUAGGAUUGUUUUUAAUUAAGCUCAAUAUUUUGUGAACAAAAUAUGUUCUAAUUAAAUGUAUUAUAAAUAAUGGUAGCUCAAACGUAAUUUAAGUUUAAAAUACUCAAGAAAACACAUUUCUACUUCAUACAUUUAUUUAAAAAAAAAUAAUAUACAAACCAGUAAUAACUAUUAUGCAACUCUAUUUUAAAUAUUAUGAAAAAACAUUAUGUAUAUAAUAAUAAUAAUAAUUGUAUCCCUAUUUUCUAUGAAUUUACAUAUCUAUAUAUAUAUUUUUAUUAGUCCUUGUAUUGUAUUCAGGGCUGUUUUGAUCUGUAAAUAUUCUGUGGUGCUCUUAAUUUUAAUUCUUGCUAGUCAAAUCAAUUGACAUCACAAAAUUCAAUUUAUUUUAAUUAUGUAAAAUGAAUUGAAUUUGAAUUUUAUGGAUGUGGUACUUAAAACAGUUUCAUGUUUGUAGUUUUUAAGUAAUUUCGGAGACCAAUUUCAAUUUUAUAGACUUAAUGAAUGUGAUAUUCUCAUUUUUCGUGCGUAAACUCAUUUAUUGUACCAGUUGUUAAAAAAAUGAUAAUCUCUUGUUAUAUUCAUUGUUUUUAAUAAACUCCUUUUUUGUA